GUGGCCAAAAACAAGCGCAAUUACAUUAAUUCAAUCAACGGAAAAUAAUUCUUAACCAUCACAAUUAUAAUUUGAGCUUUUGCACCAGAAAACACCAACUUUGGCGACCAACGGCAGUAGUUAAUCAUUUUUUCCCCAUAUUCUUGGCCAGAUAUAAUGAAGCUUGUUUCAAGUUGAAGCGCGCUUGAUGUUAUCAUCAACAAUAACACGGAAUAUUUCGAACCACUGUAGUGAGAAUUUUUAGGAGAUUUGCUUUCUUUUAAUCAACACCGGUUGAUGUUGCCAUACCGGCCAGUGGUUUGUUUUGGAAGCAACGUUACGAAACUGCGAUCAACCUUGUUUCCAAACAAAACGUCACGCAAUUAGUUGUCGACCGGCCGCGGUGUUCGAUCGCAGCAAAAACCAUGAACCGGGCGCUGCGGAAAGUACUUCUUCAGGCGGGCGUUGGUCGGUUUGGGCAGAGUGCGGUACCAUGGCGAAACCUGUCCACGACCAGCGAGCCCAAUAAAAGAACACAGCAGCAUCAGCAACAACACUACGACAUCAUCAUCGUCGGUGGCGGAAUGGUCGGCACAGCACUUGCCUGCUCGUUGGGCAAAACCAGCCGGCUGCAGGACAAGCGGGUGCUGCUGCUGGAGGCCGCCGGUGGCUUCAAGCAACCAUCAACCGAACAGUACAGCAAUCGGGUGUCGGCAAUCAACAAGAACGCUCACCGGUUGAUGAAGCGGAUCGGUGCGUGGGAGGAGAUCGAACGUACCCGCAUUAAACCAGUGCUGAAGAUGCAGGUGUGGGACGCCUGCUCGGAUGCUCUGAUCACGUUUAACUAUGACGACUUUUCGGAUAACAUCUCCUGGAUCGUGGAGAACGAUGUGCUGCUGGCCAGCGUCUACCGUCAGCUCGAGACGGUGCCCAACGUCGAGAUCCGCUACUCAGCCAAGCUGGCCGAUUGUAAACUCGUGCGGGACGGCGCGGAACGGAGCACCGUGCAGCUGACGAAUGGGGAAGUGCUCACGUGCGAGCUGCUGGUCGGAGCCGACGGCUACAACUCGCUGGUGCGCAAGCAGAUGGGCGUACAGAAUUUCACCAUCGCAUACAAUCAGAUGGGAGUGGUGGCAACACUCCAACUGGCCAGCGAUUCGCCCGUUGACAAUGUGACCGCCUGGCAGCGCUUUCUGCCGACCGGACCGAUCGCCCUGCUGCCACUGAACGACCGGAUGAGCUCGCUAGUCUGGUCGACCAGUGUGGCUGAGGCGAAGCGGUUACUCCAGCUCGACGGUGACGCGUUCGUGGCCGCUGUCAAUGCUGCCUUCAGCAAACCAGUGGCACGGAGCACCUUCGUCGAUCAGGUAUUAUCGAACGUGCAUUCGCUGAUCAAACAGUCGUCCGGCCAGCGGUUCGAGCCAGCGCCCGCCGUGAUGUCGGAGGUGGAGAAAUCUCGUGCCGCCUUUCCGCUCGGACUGGGCCACACUAGCACCUACGUGGGUCAGGGCGUAUGCUUGAUUGGUGAUGCCGCCCAUCGUGUGCAUCCCCUCGCCGGCCAGGGGGUUAAUCUCGGCUUUGGCGAUGUGCAGACGCUGACGGAUGUGCUGGCGGACGCGAGCUAUGCCGGCCUUGGCCUGGGCACCGUCGGGGAGCUAAUUAAGUACGAGCAGGAGCGGCUAAAGCACAAUGUAGCGGUGCUGCUCACCACGCACGGGCUGCAGCGGCUCUACACUACCGACUUCCUGCCAACGGUCGCGCUCCGGAGCGUGGGCCUGACACUCACCAAUGCGAUGCCCCCCGUGAAGAAAUUUUUAAUGAACUAUGCCAUGUCAUAAGGCAUUUUUGAUACAAGGUGCACGCGGUCUGGCUGCAGUAUCGACAGCAUCUCCAUCGGCAGCAGCAGCAGCAACGGCAGCAACAGUGCCAGAGCAUUAUAUAAUGUUACGAGAGAAGAAUACAGAAGCUACCUCUUUGUUGAGCCCAUAGCGUUUAGUAAAAAAAAACUAAACACUGCCCGCUAACGUGCUUGUUGUGGCACGUAUUUUCGAAGGAAAGAAACAUGUGAAAAAUUCUUUACAGAAACAAAAAAUCGGCUGCUCCAUACAGAAGGGAAGGGUGCGCAACGGGGCACGUCUUUCUACGUGUUAAGUUGCGUUUUGCUGUAGUAGUGGUGACACACAAUAGUCCAUUUGACCGAUGUGGUCGUUGCCGUUUUCUUUGUCGUCUACGCAUCAGCUGGCAAUGAAAACAAACGCGCUAUCGCACAGAUGCACACCACGUAGCGAACGACGCCACGUUCACGGUUCAUGCUGCUGUCUGCUGAUGUAAAUAAUUUUAACCUGGGCCCAUAUAACCAGACUGUGUGCAAUCGGUUCCAUAAGUGUGUGUCAUUUUGUAUGGCAAUGUGACCGUCCGAGGCCCCUCCAGGGCAUCGUACCAUCCGACAAUGUUUGUGUGUUGCACAUUGUUUGUUUCUCAGCAGAUAGCUGACCUUAAUAAUGACGGCAAUAAUGCUGCAUCUCGCUUUAUACAUGGCAACUAUGUCCCAUGCGUAGUAGUAGUUACUUUCACAUUAAAUAAUAUAUAUUUCAUAUAGGCCACGGUCGCCAGUAUUAUUUUCUGGUUUAUAAAGUUAAUGCGGAAUACCAGAAAUCUAAUUUAAUCGUUGCAUUCACGAUGACAAACAUUUACACACACACACACCAACAACCAGUUGAACAAAAUAAUAAACCACUUUUCCGAGAGAGCGCCAUGGUGAUCUCUCUCUCGCAUGCGAUGGAUGGUUCUGGAAGCAUGCUGUGCGGGAACGAGACGGGGCUCGCGAAUGUCAUGUGCGUAAAAGGGAAAGAGCAGCAAACCGUUGCGUGUGGUGCGCGAACAGUCUCUCAAGAUUCAGGUCCAUUCGCUCUCUCCGCUCCCGAGCGGUUGGUAUUUAACAAAGGGUAGCCAGAUCAUCGUCCUUUCCACACCAGCAGCAGCACGAGUGUCUUGUCAGGCGUCCACCGAGAAAGGUCGACAACAGCGCACAGGGUAGAGUGUGGUCGUCGUGUCGAGCGCUGUUAUUACGUUUCACGAGUAACGUUUUUCGUGCCUCAUAACUGGAAACCAGUUUGUCACUAGCAGUUACCAACCAGUUUACUAGCAAUUAUGAGUUAUACUGUUGCUGCUGCUGGUCAAUCCGUAGUGCCUGCAAUGGUGAAUAGUUUCGUACUUGCAGUGCAACAAAGAGAAAAUUACGCGACCACUACCAAUCAACCUAAACUUGCUGGAGCUCGCCUUUUUUGGCAGGACACUUGUCUGAACAUGAUCUCUGUUCAGCCUUUGAUGAGUCAGCAUGAGAUUUCUGCUCUGCUGUCAUAGCAAUUAUGAUCGUGGAUCGCUAUGAUCAUAUUGCUACGUUUUGUUCAACGAAGGAUGCACGAUGCAGUAAUGCACUCUUAAACUCGUGCUUUUGGCUUAUCUACCAUUUUGGUUCAUUUGUGAUUACCAUUUUUUACGGAUGGCGCUUCAACGGAAGUUGAGAAUAUUUCCACAAGGAUUCGAUUAUUUUCAACACAAGCUUCCUAUAGCGAUUUUUAUUUGAAACAUUCUUAAGGAAAGGAAUUCAUGUGUAGUUAUCUACGAACGUGCGCAGCUAGUAACUGCAUUUUAAUCGGUACACCAUACUUACACUGGUAGUUGUUUUGUGUUGCAUGAUGAUGAUCUUCCCAGGGAGCGAGAUAAUGAGUUUUCAGGCCCAUUAGCCUCGUUAUUGCUAUCGAGCUGUCUCUCAUUGUGCGCGGUGUAUUGCUGUAUAAUAAUGUACAGUGCAGGCAUUAACAUAUAUUUGAAUCCAUAUGCAUUCAUUAUUUUUAGCAAAAUAACUAGUAUCGAGAUCGACUAUCCGCACAUAGUGCGUUGAUGGGCUGUAGAACUGUUGGGAGUGUCACUAUACGUGCCUUGCAUGUAUAGAAAUCCUCUACCUCACCGCUACACGCCACCCGCAUACAUCGAACGAGUAACGAUUGCCUGUUGAAUGUUUAACUGUAAUGUUGAACCUCUCUUCACACAUUCUUUUUGUUAUUGUAUUUAUGUUUCCUGCUCGCUUUAGUAUUUAGAAUGGAAACGUGCACGGGUUGAUCGUGCAUAAUCGGAACAUAUCAUACAACGUGUACUCUGGUUUACUAUCGAGUGGCACAAUUUGCUAAUUUCAUCCUAUGGAGCUAGAAGUUGAUCUUCCGAUGCUAUUAAUUUCACCAGCAAUAUCUAAUGCCAGGGGACUAUGCUAUCAUAUUUUGUUACCCAAUAACUGCUUGUUUAUUUCAGACUUACUAUUGAUUAGUACCAUUCACAGAACAUGUUGCCUUAUGUUACUCGAUGUGUGAACUAUUGGUGCUUGGAACUCGGCCAUAAAAUACCUGUUUAACUUACAUUUGACUUUGGCUUUUACAGCACAAUGCAAUGUUUUGAUUACGAUUAGCAGAAUAUGGUGCUUCUUUCAUAGUUUCUGUAGUGUGUACUCUAAUCAAUCUUCUAUUCGUUCAUCACUGUGAAUUGCGUUUUUUUUGUCAUUCUUUGGAGCUUCCCGGCAUUGAAACCAAUAAGCUACGUCGAAAGAGAGAAUUAAAGAGAGUGAGUGUGUAGGUUUGUACAAAGCUGGUAACAUCAUCCCUGGGUAAAUGUAUCUGCGAAAACUACCAAAUACCUAUCAGCUUGCUGUGGGCAACUCUUUUUUCCAGUUUCUGUCUCUUUCAUAUCCUUACACUUGUAACGGAAGGUAUGCGGUUAUAGCACAUGUGAUGGCCAAACAAAGACAAAAGGAAAACACGAAAACGAAUGACGGCUCUUAACCACUACGCAACGGAGGAAUCGUUUGCAAUGGAGGCGACACCCUGUGUGCUAAGUUGCUCCAACGCAUCCUAGUCAAAGUAGAAUUGGGCUGUUAAUCAUUGUAGCAUGAGCACGGAAAAAGGAGCAUUGCGUUUCAUUUACCGGUAGGCUGUAUCAUGUACAAAACCAAUGGGACAAAAGGCAAAUUGUUUCUUGCAGAUGAGAGAUACCACAGAAUUGCUCAACUGGCGGACCGUCCUAUAUCCUAAAGGAAUCUGUGCUUCUCUAUUAACAAUCAUCUUGUAGUAAAGCGACAUGACCACACUGCUGCACCUAGCUAGCAAAUUGAUUUACCAUAUCGCAACCAUAAAGAGACAUGCCUCUAACACUACACGAAGGCGCGCGGUCAAAUUUUGAUGGUAAGCGCAUUAAUCCUUGGUUCUAUCAAUUGAACAGCUGGCAAGUUUAGACGGGCACAACAUCCGUGCUAUUGUGUGACCACGUAUGGCAGCCGCUAGAAAUGUUUGUACAAGCGACACAAUUUCAUGUUAACCAUGUGAAGAUGGAAGGUUUGCCCCCGGAGCUAGCUGGUAAUCUGAAAGGAGACCCAUGAUGGAACAAAGUAACGCAAGAUGGAAUGAUACCCAUUAUCAUUGGAGGUAACGGCGAACGAAGGUUUUGUUCUCGGUAACAUGUUUUUGAAUCAUUCAGAGGGAGAGUGGAUGGACAGGAAGAGAGGAAAGCAGGGGGGGGGGGGGGUAAAUGAUUAAAUUACCUGGUGUAUUCCGAAGUAUUCCAGUGGACACUCUGAGCUCUGAUCCUUUCGAUCGCGGACUAUGCUGUACCGCCUACUGAAACUGCGGUGCAAGACAAGAGAUCGAUCGAUGAGGCUGAUGAUGACGAGGAUGAUGAUGUUUCGAAGAUGUUUCAUGCAAUCUCGGCACCUGCUGCCCCCGGGGGGACCUGCUUUUGGAGUUCGAUGUCGUCUACGCCGAUGACAAAUAGUGGAUUGCUUUGCCUACUAGCAGCAGUACUUGGCGGCUCCUAGUGGCUGUCUCGCUUCCCCUUUGCCCUCGAUCUCUGGAUUAUCAAGCAGUUGCGGAAGCGGCGGAUGGUGGUGGAUGCGCUUUGCGCGCUAUGUUCCUGCGCCAUCGGGACGACAUUGAUCAACACUCUUGCACAAGAGAUAGAGAGAGAGAGAGAGAAAGAGAGAGAGAGAGAGAGAGAGAGAGAGAGAGAGAGA